AUGCAAUCUUCAGACUGUGUUCUUGAAAUUUCCAAUGUUUUCUAUUCCACCUCAAUGUUUCCUGAAAGAAAUAGUUUUGGUAAAUAUGAACCCACAGCAAUUCUAAGAGAUGUGUCAGCAAGAGUUCAUGGAGGCGAAAUUCUUGCAAUUUUGGGCUCAAAAGGCUCGGGAAAACGUGCACUUUUAGACGUGAUUGCAGGAAGAGCGGAUGGAAAAACAAGAGGACGAAUAUCAUUGUGUGGUAAUUUACUGACAAAAAAAAUAUUUAAAAAACAUGGAGGAUACGUUACUCAUCAAUGUCAUCUUCUUCCAAGUCUCACAGUUCAUCAAACAUUAAAUUAUGCCGUUUGGUUGGCAAAUUUAAAAAAUCGAAGAGCAAGAGUUAGGCAAAUUAUCGCUGAUCUUGCCCUGUCACAAGUUGCAAAAAGAUCAGUAAGUGAUCUCACUGGACCAGAAUAUAGAAGACUCAUGCUCGGUGUACAAAUUGCCAAAGAUCCAAUUUUACUUUUAUUAGAUGAACCAACAUGGGAUACUGAUCCUUUAAAUACUUAUUUAAUUGUUUCAAUGCUAUGGUCCUAUGUAACAAGAAGAGGAUCAAUUGUUGUUUUAACAAUGGAAACACCACGUUCCGAUGUUCUUCCAUUUGUAAGCCAAGUGACACUUCUUUGUUUAGGAACUGUCGUUUAUUCGGGACCAACAAGAAGUAUGCUUGAUUAUUUCACUCACAUUGGUUUUCCAUGUCCUGAAUUGGAAAAUCCAUUAAUGUAUUAUUUGUGUUUAUCGACAGUUGAUCGGCGAUCGAGGGAAAAAUUUCUAGAAUCAAAUAGACAAAUUUCAAUUCUUGUUGAUAAAUUUAAAACUGAAGGUGUUGUUUAUAUGAAAGAUGCAAUUACCAUUAAAGAAUCACGUUUGGGAAUAAUGAAUAAAAAUAUGCGUUUAGGAAUUAAGCCAGGAAAAUUUUCAACAGUAACUGCAUUAUAUGUAAGAUACAUGGCUGCCACAUUUGCCUUUAAUAAAUCCGGUUUAGGUCAUUUUGCAGCAAGAAUUAUGCUUCUACCAUUUUCCACUGCUUUGCUCAGUAUUUUAUAUUCUAAUUCAAGUCCAUAUCAAUCGAGAAUAUUUAUUCAAACCAGUGGAUUAAUUUUCAACAUUUUGACACUGUUUUAUAUAUCAGGAAUAACAAUAACUGCUCUUCUUUUUCCAAGUUUUCGUAUGAGGUACUAUCAAGAAAAACGUGAAGGUCUCUAUGGAGGAACAAUUUUUUUCAUCUCCUACACACUAUUGAGUUUACCGCUUAGUUUAAUUUCAACAAUAAUCACAAUUGGAAUUCUCGUACCACUUUUGAAUCUCAAUUUUUGGUCUUGGUUUUAUAUUUCAUUUACCCUAUGGUCAAGUUAUUUGGCAGCCGAACAAUUGUCUAUUGCUUUAUUAAUUAUUAUUGAAUGUCCCUUCACAGGUGCAAUAACUGCACUUUGUGUAAUUCUUGCCUCACUUUUAAUUGCAUCGGGUACAAUGAGAAGUUUUAAAAAUUUACCUGAAUGGAUUGUUGCAUUCUCCAAUGGGCUACCAACACGUUAUGCUUCAUUGGUAUUAAAUAAAAUAGCAUUAGAUAAUUUUGAAUUUGAAAAUUUGCCCUAUAAUGAAACAAAAAAUUGUCCCGAUAUCGAUAAAGAUAGCUGUCGAUAUCCCAAUGGAAAACAAUAUUUAAUUGAACGUUUCACAAGAGAUGGUGAAAUAAAUGUUUUUAAUUUGCAAUUAAAUUUUUUACUAUCUUUAGCAUUUUCAUUGGGAUUGAUUAUUUUCAACAGUAUUUUGUAUUCUUUAACGUUGCCCGGACGACUAAAAAGAAAAUUUAGAGAUUAAAAUUUAGAAAACUGAUAAUUCUAUAAAAAAUACUUACUUUUUUCCUGCAUUUUUUUUUAAUAUGAAUCUGGUAGUGUAUAGUAAUUAUAAAAAGUGAUAAACAUUUUUUUUUAUGUAAAUAUUACGGAUAAUGUAAUUUUGAACGGUGGU